AUGGAGGAUUUCGAAACAUUUUUUCUUUCUCAUUUCAUUUCUUUUUCCUUCUCUUUUUUCUUAUUUCUUUCUUUUUUCUUUCCUUUUUCUCUCUUAUUUCUUUUCUUUCUUUAUUCUUUCUUAUUUCUUUUUUAUUUAUUUCUUUUUUCUUUCUUCCUUCUUUCUUUCUUAUUUCUUUCUUUUUCUUCCUUAUUUCUUUCUUCUUUCUUUCUCUUUCUUGUUUAUUUUCUUGUUUCUUUCUUUUUUCUUUCUUUUUUCUUUCUUAUUUCUUUAUUUUUCUUUCUUCUUUCUUCCUUCUUUCUUUCUUAUUUCUUUCUUUUUCUUUCUUCUUUCUUUCUUUUUCUUCCUUAUUUCUUUCUUCUUUCUUUCUUUCUCUUUCUUAUUUAUUUUCUUCUUUCUUUCUUUUUUCUUUCUUAUUUCUUUAUUUAUCUUUCUUUUUUUCUUUCUUAUCGCUUUUUUCUAGUUCAUUUUUUUCUUAAUUCUUUUCUUAUUUCUUUCUUCUUUUUCUUUCUUAUUCUUUCUUCUUUCUUUUUAUUCCUUUCCUAUUUCUUUUCUUCUUUCUUUUUAAUAACAUUUUCUUUUUUAAUGUUAAUUUUACUGACGACUCUUUAUCUUUGUUUUAUUUUAUCUUUUGUGUUAUACUUUGUUUGUUUCUUUCUUUCUUUCUUUUCUUUCUUUCUUUCUUUUCUUUCUUUCUUUCUUUCUUUCUUUUCUUUUUGA